AUGCGCAGGCAACUCCGGCCCCGACCCUUUUACAAGACAAAACACGGCCUCCGAGCCGUGUUGGUUUUAAAUGUACAGGAGCAGAUCUUCAAGACGAGGCCAUUUACGUGGCAGAAAAGGGCCCAUGCCGCGCGGGAGUCCGCGCGGGCGGUGGCGCAGGUGGAGAUGGACGCCGAGCUUCAGCAGCAGGAGUUGCUGCAGCGGCUGGCGCUGCUGCAGGAAGAGCUCGCCAUGGAGCAGCAGGCGGGCAAACUCCUCGCCUCACAGCGCAUGGCGGCCGCCAAGGUGCAGGCGGAGGCAUCGGUGUUGCGCUCCGAGCAGGAGGUGGCGCAGAAGGCGUGGUCGGAGCUGAGCGAGCAGCAGGCGGAGAUGCUGCUGGAGCUGCAGAGCCUCGCCCAGCAGCCCAAGUCGAUGGACUUGGAGGCCGAGCUUCUAGCAGAGCGCCUCCGGGGCCGCGACCUGGCCUCCCGGGAGGCUGAGCUGGCGCAGGAGUUGUUGGACAUGCGCUGCGACCUGGAGCUACAAGCGGCCGCGGGGGGCCUGGCAUCAGGGGAUGGGCGGGGGAGAGCGAGAGUGGAAAGGGUUUGGGGGGAUUUGGGGGGUUUUGGGGGGGUUUUGGGGGAUUUUGGGGUUUUGGGGUUUUGGAGUUUUGGGGUUUUAGGGUUUUGGGGUUUUGGGGUUUUGGGGUUUUGGGGUUUUGGGGUUUUGGGGUUUGGGGUUUGGGGUUGGGGGGUUUUGGGGGUUUUGGGGGGUUUGGGGGUUUGGGGUUUGGGGGCUUUGGGUUUCGGGGGUUGUCGGGGUUGUCGGGCUUGUGGGGGUUUUGGGUUUUGGGGCUUUGCGGGUUUCGGGGUUGGGGGUUUAGGGUUCCGGGGCUUGGGGUGCAAGAGUCCAUGA